GUCGGUGAAAGCGACAGAUCCUAGCCACUGGACCAUUGAGGACUACACAUUUUUAGUAAAUAAAAAAGACUAUAUAAUCUCAUAUAUUCGACCCGGAAUUGUUUAUGUCCGAGAGGAUAAUAAUUUUGCCUUCGGAUUUUUGCGGUGGUUGUUCGACAGUGGCUUGACUGUAAGCCAGACUUAUUGACAUCUUGUUCUCAUUCUGCUUUUAUGAAGCAGAUCCUUUCCAAUUUGCGCACUCUGUUUUACGGAAAAUGCGGUCCAGAGAUAAAUUGCAGCUAUAACAAACUAAGUCGACAACAACUAAUAACAAGGAUUGCCGAGCUUGAGCAUGAGUUAAAGCAGCUUUCACCUGAUUUAAAAAGCAGUAAAUUAAAAUCAAGACGCCCUUUCGACGUAACAAAAUACGAACAGCGGAGGAUAGCCUUGAAAGUUGCUUAUAUUGGAUGGAAUUAUUAUGGAUUUUCACGCAUAAAGAGCAGCAAUAUGCCUACUGUAGAAUCAGAAUUAUUUAAAGCUUUACAAGAAUCCAAUUUGAUUUCAAGUCCUGACGACUGUAAUUUUAGUAGAGGUGGCCGUACAGAUACCAAUGUCAGUGGUCUUGGCCAAGUGAUCGCUCUUAAUGUUCGAAGUAAUCAACUAAAGACGCUUCAACAGAAUGAUGCAGAGAAUAGCGAGCAUUUGCCAUAUCUUAGAAUGAUCAAUAGCUUUUUACCUGAUGAUAUUCGUGUGUUGGCUUGGGCUCCAGUUCCAUCAACUUUCAAUGCUCGCUUUGAUUGCAUUUCAAGAACGUACAAGUAUUUCUUCAAAAAAGGCUCUUUAGACUUGGACGGAAUGAUUGAAGCAGGUUCACACCUAGUAGGCUCACACGAUUUCCGAAAUUUUUGCCUGAUUGACGCUUCCAGAAACUUACCACAUUAUGAACGUGAUAUUCUAUCCUUUGAUAUUAAUCACGUAGAAGACGAUUUUUAUGCAGUAAAAAUAAGAGGAACUGGCUUUUUAUGGCACCAAAUACGUUAUAUAAUGUCCAUUCUCUUCCUAGUUGGACAAAAACUAGAAUCACCAAAAGUUGUCAAAGAUUUACUUGAUAUCAACAAAGUGCCGGCCCGUCCUGGUUACCCUUUGGCAAGUGGCAAGCCUCUAGUAUUAUACGACUGUGAAUAUAAAGAUAUAGAGUGGAUAUAUGAUAAAGAUACAAUAGGAUGGCCAGCUUCAGCCAUUAGGACUCAUAAUCAUUUUUUUGAGUUGUGGAAUACGAAUGCAGUUAAGGGACUAUUGUAUAAAGAGUGCAUGAAGAUGAUUGAAGGCUUCCCAGUGGAAAUGGAGAAUCAAAGUGUUCGUGUAGCUGAUUGUCUGAGCGAUUACAAGAAGAAUAGACAUCAAGUUUUACUGGGCGAAGGAAAAAGUAUAAUUACGAAGAACUAUAUCAAAAUUCUUGAUCUUCCAAUGUCAGAUACAGAUAAAGUCAAAAAAGAAAAAUACCAUCUUAAGCAAAUGAGCAAAUUAGAAAGAAACCAAUAAAGAUUAUUCGAAAAGCAUGCAUAUUCAUGUAAUAUAUCAAUACUUUAAUAACAGCACCUUUUAAAAAAAUAUGUAAUGUAAAUACAAAUUUGUGAACACAUUACACGAGUAAGUGGUCUUGGUUGUUCC